ACAUGCUGAGCGGAGUGUGCGGCCGGCUCGCCUCAGCGCUGUGGGGGACACGUACACAGCCAUCUGCGGUCGCCCAGAGGUAUCUGCACAUGUUGUCCACAGACAAGAGCGAGAGGACAAGGAAACCUCCCCGCGCCUUCGACCCAGCGCUGCUGGAGUUCCUGGUGUGCCCGCUCUCCAAGAAGCUGCUCAGAUAUGAAGCAUCGACAAAUGAAUUGAUUAACGAAGAGUUAGGAAUAGCCUAUCCAAUUAUUGAUGGGAUUCCUAAUAUGAUACCACAGGCAGCCAGGAUGACACAUCAAAAUAAGAAGCAAGAAGAAAUGGAGCAGCAUUAGAUCAUACUUAAAAAUAACAACACACACAACUAAAUUUUCUAAAUACCAUCCACCUUUUAAAAAGUCGGAGUGACGGGUAAUAAGUGGAGGAAAAGAAUGUUUCUGUCUCUUCCUGCGUUGACUGUCCUUAUUCCAUUGGUCUCUUUAGCAGGACUGUUAUACUCGUCCUCUGUGGAAGAAAACUUCCCACAGGGCUGCACUAGCACAACCAGCCUGUGCUUUUACAGUCUGCUCUUGCCGAUUACCAUACCCGUUUAUGUGUUCUUCCACCUUUGGACUUGGAUGGGUAUUAAACUCUUCAGGCAUAAUUAAUACAACCAGAGCCAAGAUGGUGUAUCCUCGUGAUAUGCUUGAGUGUCUGUCUCUGAAAGCCCAACUACAUGGAAAUACUGGACACCCACUUAAUUUGCACGAAAGAUGCUUUGCCUGGCUUCUGUCAGAGG